ACACCAACGAUGAAAGCAGAGGUGUUGUGGACUCUUAACACCAUCGCCAAACACCACUCCUACAAUGGAAAUGAGGGUAUCUCAGAGCUUUUCAAAUGCAUGUUCCCCGACUCCGACAUCGCUAACACCUUUAGUUGUGGUCCCGACAAAACGGCUUACAUCGCCAAGUUUGGUUUAGCCAUUCAUAUCAAAGAAGAAUUGGUGUCCAAAGUCAACAAAUCGCCGUUUGUUCUGAUGUUUGAUGAGAGCCUCAACGAGACUACGAAAAACAAACAGCUGGAUGUGCAUGUCCGCUUCUGGGACGAAGGACAGGUUCAGUCCAGAUACCUGGGCUCCCAGUUUAUGGGACAUUCCACUGCACAAGACAUGCUGUUGCAUCUCAAAGAAUGUAUGGACAAACUGAACCUCAGGGACUUGGUGUCCAUCUCAAUGGAUGGGCCCAGUGUGAAUUGGAAGCUCUUCGACCUUUUCCAGAAAGAUCAAGCUGAGCAGUACGGAGGUGUUCAGCUUGUUUGUGUGGGGACCUGUGGUCUACACACGCUACACAACGCAUUCAAGUGUGGGUUCAAUGCAUGGCAGCUGGACAAGUUGCUGAGAGCAAUGCACACAUUGUUCCACAAUGUGCCUGCCAGGAGAGAGGAUUACAUCACAGUAACCAAGUCCAGUGUGUUCCCCCUGUCUUUCUGUGCCCAUCGUUGGGUAGAAAACCUUCCAGUUGUGGAGAGAGCCCUGGCAGUCUGGCCAUCACUGCUCCUGUACAUGGAAGCUGUGAAAACACAGAGACUCUCGAACCCUGGAACAGCAUCCUAUGACACAGUUGCUGCAGCCAUGAAGGAUCCACUCAUCUUGGCCAAAUUGCAGUUCUACGCAGCACUCGCCAGGACCUUCACUCCCUUCCUGAAAAAAUAUCAGACAGAUGAGCCUGUGCUUCCAUUCCUCCCCAAGGAUCUGACCGAGUUGAUGACGAGUCUACUCAGACGCUUCAUAAAGAGAGACGUCCUCCACAAUAUCACUGCCCCGCAGCUGACCAAACUAGAUGUCACAGACAAGACCACCUGGCUCAGCCCACAAGACAUCAGCAUUGGUCUAGGUGCAGAGUCAGUCCUUAAGGGGAUGUCAUACUGCAGCAGUUUGACCGUCUCUUGUCCUUGGAGAGCCGGAGUGAGGACUUCCUCUCCUUUCCUCCCAUGCAGAAGAGGCUGGACAUCUUCCUGAGCAGUGCCAUGGAGCCUUAUCCAGAGCUG